AUGCCGCACAUGCCGGUGAGCAGUGCCACUGAAUCGGUGACUGUGGUUGAGGUUUUCGAUCCGGUGGGGAGGGAGUAUUCGCUAGACUUCGAUAGCUUUGCAUUGGAAUGGAGCAAGGCCGUGGAGAGCAAGAGCAAAGUGAUUCCCAUCUUGCUGGAGACGGCCAGGCACCAGGGGCAGCGCACUGAAAACGAGGCACCGUCGGAGGUCUUUCUGGUGGUCUUGCUUGACCUUGGGCUCUGGAGGCGUCGGCGGGAUUUCAGUUGCCGAAGCAGCUGCCCUCCACUCCACCAUUCGUUCGUGGUUCUGGGGCUCACGGCGGAUCAGCGAGAAGUGGCAAUGUUUGCACCCCCGCGAAGCACUACCCACAACAGUUUUCGGUCGGAAAGGGAACCCAACAAAUGCACCGUGCCAGAGCUUGUGACUGUGAAACCGUCGCAGCGAAAUGCAGUAAGGAUGGGGAGGGAGUAUUCGCUAGACUUCGAUAGCUUUGCAUUGGAAUGGAGCAAGGCCGUGGAGAGCAAGAGCAAAGUGAUUCCCAUCUUGCUGGAGACGGCCAAACACCAGGGGCAGCGCACUGAAAACGUGAGUGCCACCCCCUUCUUGUUUGUUGCUUGGAUGGUAGUAUUUUCACCAUGA